AUGGCUCUGUACGAAUUCCGGCAGGUUCCGGGACGUGGAACGGCGACGUUCGCGACGAAUAACAUUCCACGCGGCACCAAGAUCAUGGAGGAAAUGCCGAUCUUGGUCAUACAGCGUCGAGAGGAGGGAAGCAAUCCCUUCAGCGUUUGGAGCCACUUCCUCUUGCGGUCUCAGGAUGAGCGGGAAGCCUAUCUGAAGUUGUUUCCCUCGACCCCAAACUUGGAAACGGCUCGCACGACGAUCAGGAACAAGCUGGGCGAUAGCCUGGAGAAGUGGACGCAAGACCUCGAAGACAUCGCUUACGUCACGGCGAUCUACUGGACCAACAGCUUCGGGGCGUCCGGCCAUUCUGACUUCGAUGGGGCUGUGUACGAGCUCAACAGUAGGCUGAACCACAAUUGCGCCAACAACAUGAUGCAGACCGCCUAUGCUGACGGAUCACAGGCUAUGGAGGCAACGCGCAAUAUCACAGCAGGAGAAGAGCUGUUUUGCACGUACGUCGACGUCGAUAGCUACGAAACGCGCCAGGACAAGCUCAGCAGCUACGGCUUCAAGUGCGCGUGCCCGCUUUGCACGAUUGAGAAGUAUAUCGACGGCACGCCAAAUAUCAAGGUCGAAGUAUCCGGACGUACGGUGGACAGGGACGAGCUGGAAGCAAUCGUCUGUUACUUCCAGAUCUGGUUCCAGUACAUUCAACUGGCCAAAAGGGAAGACAAGCGGCUCAAGCAGUGCGACUUGUAUGAGAUCUCCAUCAACGAUGUAGUUCCUCAUUCCGAAGUCGUGCUCGAGUUUCUCCUCCAGCUGUUGCGCUUGGAGGAUCCAGUUGGCGAUCCUGUGUCGUACGAAUUGGCCCUCAAGAACCUCGACUACUGGCGCAAAGUGGUGGCUGAUCUGCGGGGUAGGUACGGCUCAAAGUAA